UCCCCUUGAGUCCUUUCUUGGAGCCCAGUCCCCUUACGGGUAUGCGCAUGCGUAAACGACAGUCACAAGACAAGAUGGCCGCCACGGCGGAACAAGCCGACACCGGGAGAAGAUAGCGCAGCCCUCGUCUCUAGGGAACACCUCCAGAGCACGGAGGCAGACGGCAACAUGGCAAAUGUAUGGGGCAAUGAGGAUGUGGCCUGCUUUUUCACUACCAAGCACUCUUGGCGCGGCAAAUACAAACGUGUUUUCUCUGUUGGUACCAAAGCUAUAACGACGUAUAAUCCCUCGACCUAUGAAGUCACGAACCAAUGGGCCUAUACCGAUUUUGUAAGUGUUUCACCAAGUGCAAAGGCUACCAACGAGCUAAUUAUAACCAUGAAAAAAGGGGUGGCAGGGAAGAAGACUCACAGUAUGACCUUCUCUACUGAACACAGAGCAGAGUUGAUUACAGAGACCCUGAAAUACAGAAGGCAAUUUGCGGAUUAUAAAGCAGGGACAGAAGUUAGAUACAAUGCUUACAAGUACCAUUGGAGUGAUCAGCGAGUGCCUGUUGUUCUAGAGGUUACUCCUGGCUCCUUGGAUCAAAUCGAUGCUCGGACACAAACAAAACUGUGUUCGUACCAGUACAAGGACAUGGAAGGAAUUGCCUUGGUGUCUGAUUACCCAGGGGGCUUUGUUGUUCUGUACGGUGGCUUCAGUCGUUUGCACAUGUUCGCAUCCGAGCAUCGAGACACUCUGAUCAAGAAAAUGUCUGAAUAUUCUAUAGCAUAUGUAGGCGUCUUUAUCAAACAGAGGCCAAAGCCUAUAAAAUUUGAUCAAUUUCACAAACACAGAUUUGGAAAAUACACUGAUGAUGAGUUUGUGACAUCCCUGGCAGAGUUCAAAGUCCAGAAGAUAACGCAGAGGAGUCCAGAUCCCGUCAGCCGGACACUUUGUCUCUCAGAGACCUGUAUGAUUGAAAGAGAUCCUGCAACCUAUUGUAUUGUCAGUGUUUUUCCUCUUUGCGAUGUAUUUACAAUUAUUAGGUCUGUGGAGAAUCCACAGUUAUUUUCGAUAGAGUUUGUUAGGGGUUCUGUGAAAACUUACACUUCAACAGACAGAGAUUCAUUGUUAUCCACACUUUUGGAUGGUGUCCGUGCCAGUGGUAACAGGGACGUCUGUGUGAAGAUGAAGCCAACGAAUAGAGGCCACAGACUUGGUCCAUACAUAUCACCAGUCGAUGAAGAAGUGGAGAGUCACCAUCUUCGAUUCCUGGCAGUUCCGCCUGGGAAAUUUUCAGAAGCAGUUGAAAAGUUUAACUGCAAUAUUUCUUAUAAUGGACUACUCCAUGCUGUCUCUCAGGAUGGAUUCUUUGUAGAAAACAAAGAGAAGCUAAUCACUGGCGCUGUCUCCGCUCUACUCAUGCAAGAAGGGGAUCAAAACACUAUCAGUAUAGAGGAGCUAGAGGCCCAGUUCCAUGCCUUACGAAGACUGGUGGCCUCAAAAGCCGGCUUUGAAUCAUUCACCACGCUGCCAAAGUUCCGGGACAAGCUUGGUGUGAAGGUUGUGAAAGCACUGAAGAGGAAUGAUGAUGGAGUCACCCAUGCCGCUAUUGACAUGCUGUGUGCGCUCAUGCAGCCAAUGCAUGACAACUAUGAUCUCCGCCAAGAACAAAUGAAUAAGUCAUCUUUACUGUCUUCCCGGAAGUUUCUUGGGACUCUUCUCGAAAUCUUUAGUACUCAUGUGAAUCGCAGCACUGGUGCUUUAGUGAUCUGCGCACUGCUGGAUUUCCUCACUUUUGCCCUGUGCCCCCCCUACAGUGAAACGACCGAAGGAAACCAGUUUGACACUCUUCUUGAAAUGGUGGCAGACUUGGGGCGAAGCAUCUUCAAGCUGUUCCAGCACCCCUCUAUGGCUAUCGUCAAAGGGGCGGGGAUGGUGAUGAAAGCAGUGAUUGAGGAAGGUGAUGCUGAGAUCGCCGCCAAGAUGCAAGAUCUUUCCCUAGCAGAGGGAGCACUUCCUCGUCAUCUCCACACAGCACUCUUCACUCAGAGCAGAGACAAUCGGCUUCUUACCAACAGGCAGCUUAGUCGACACUUGGUUGGUCUGUGGGUGACAGGUCAUCCCACGGCCAUGGGGCUUCUCAAGAGAGUUAUGCCUGUCGGUCUUCUGAACUACCUGGAAAGCGAUGAACCGGUGCCAGAGUCGGAGCUGGAUAAACUUCAUGUGCGCGAUAAUGUCAAGCUAGCAGAGGACUCGUCUAAACCCAAGAAGAACCUGUACAAGGUUCAGCUCGAGACCGUGUUGACGCACUGGAGAACCAAGAUUGGUCUAAAGUCCAAGGAGGUGAACCAAAAACCUGUGGUGCUGAGAAAAAGAAGACAGAGGAUUAAAAGCGAUGCCAACUGGGAACUGUUCUACUACAAGUUCAACCAAGACCAUUCAUCACCCAAUCUAAUUUGGAAUUUCAAGACAAGGGAAGAGUUCCGAGAAGCACUUGAGAGCGAAAUGCGAGGAUUCUCUAUGGACAAGGAUCUUGGUGGCAAGUUCACAAUCUCAUGGAAUCACCAGGAGUUUGAAGUGCGGUACGAGUGCCUGAGUGAAGAGAUCAAGAUUGGCGACUACUACCUGCGACUGCUCCUGGAAGAUGAGGAAGAAAAAACUGUUAUACACAACUCAGUGGAGUUCUUCAAUGAUCUCUAUCAUCGUUUCCUCCUCACAACGAAGCCUUCCAUGAAAGCCAUGUGCUUACAGGCUAUGACAAAGGUAUAUAGCAAGUGCUUUGAGGAGAUUGGGGCCUUCAACGACACUCGCUACAUUGUUGGCAUGCUCGAAAAGUCAAGUGACAAGUUAGAGAGAGAUCGCUUGCUGUACUUUGUCAAUGCGCUGAUCAAGAACAAGCGGAACGUGAAGGAAAUGCUUGAUGUUGGUGGUGUUCGCGUGCUGGUCGAUCUGCUAACGCUUGCCCACCUACACACGACACGAGCCACCGUGCCACUCCAGACGACCAUGAUUGAGGCAUCCCCUGACUCGUCCAUGGACGGUGAGAAAGAGUGGUACUAUGGUAACAAGGAGAAGGAGCGACUUGGGCCGUUUGGUCUUUCUGAGAUGAGGGAGAUGUGGGCAGAAGGCACGUUGCGCCCCGAGACCAAGUGCUGGGCCCAGGGGAUGGAUGGCUGGCGACCGCUACACACCAUUGCACAACUCAAGUGGUCGCUCAUGGCUACUAGUAGCCCGGUUAUGAACGAGACAGACAUGGCUGUGCUGAUACUCAACAUGCUCAUCCGAAUGUGCGAAUACUAUCCCAGCAGGGACUCCGAUGGCGCUAUUGUUCGCCCUCUUCCACGAGUAAAGCGAAUGCUGUCGGAAACCACUUGUCUACCACAUGUGGUACAGCUCCUUAUGACUUUUGAUCCUGUGAUUGUAGAGAAGGUCGCCAUUCUUCUCAGUGACAUCAUGCUGGACAACCCAAUUCUACCGAGACUGUACCUCACUGGCACGUUCUUCUUCAUUAUGAUGUACACUGGCUCUAAUGUGCUUCCCAUCGGCAGAUUUUUACAAGAUACGCACACCAAGCAAGCGUUUAGGACAGAUGAGAAUGAACAGUGUGAGCUGGUCCAGCGAAGCAUCCUGGGUAACAUUCUUCCUGAAGCUAUGGUGUGCUACCUCGAAAACCACGGAGCCGAAAAGUUUGCCCAGAUUUUCUUGGGUGAGUUUGACACACCGGAAGCUAUUUGGAAUAGUGAAAUGAGGCGAAUGAUGAUAGAGAAGAUAGCUGCUCAUUUAGCCGACUUUACACCUCGCUUGCAGAGCAACACCCGUGCACUGUACCAGUAUUGCCCAAUCCCCGCUAUAUCGUACCCACAACUGGAGAACGAGCUGUUCUGUAACAUCUACUACUUGCGACACCUGUGUGAUACGCAGAAGUUCCCAGACUGGCCAAUACGUGACCCGAUUCGCCUGUUGAAGGACCUCUUGGAGACGUGGAAGAAAGAGGUUGAGAAAAAGCCGUCAACCAUGUCUAUCGACGAAGCCUAUGAAACGCUAAAGCUGAAACAGGACAUUUCAGGGGCCUUGGACGAAAGCAAGAUCAGGAAGGCAUACUUUCGACUAGCACAGAAGUACCAUCCUGACAAGAACCCGGACGGCAGGGAAAUCUUUGAGAAGGUGAACAAGGCAUAUGAUUUCCUCUGCUCCAAGUCUGCACGCAAAGUGCAAGGGCCUGACCCUGAGAAUAUCGUCCUGAUCCUUAAGGCGCAAUCUAUACUCUUCAACAAGCACAAACAAGAUCUACAACCGUACAAGUAUGCAGGGUAUCCGAUGCUCAUCAAGACGAUUCAGAUGGAAACUAAAGACAAUAAAUUGUUCUCCAAGGAAGCGGCACUACUGCCAGCCGCCACAGAGCUGGCUUACCACACCAUCAACUGCUCCGCACUCAACGCCGAGGAACUCAGAAGAGAAAGCGGUAUCGAGGUUCUACAAGAUGCAUAUAACCGAUGCGUGACGGUCAUCACAUCGGGAACGAAGCCAGACGCUGUGCCAGUACAGGUGUGCAUCCACAUCACCAAGUGCUACGCCGCCGCCGCCCAGUUUGAAGGCUGCAGGGAAAAGAUCUCGGAGAUGCCGAUCAUCAUCAGUGACUUGGUCUGUCUUCUGGGCUUUAAGCAACUCCAACUACUGGCUUCGGUGUCUGCACAGUGCGUCAGUGCAUUUGCCGUAGAUUUCUGGUUGCAGACGCAGCUGCUACAGGCGGGUGUUCUGUGGCAUUUAUUGGGCUUCCUGUUUGGUUAUGAUUACACACUGGAGGAGAGCGGAAUCGAAAAAAGUGCGGAGACCAACCAACAGGAGGUCGCCAAUAACCUGGCACGAAUCAGCAUUGAGGCGUUGUCCAGACUUGGCGGUUAUUUCGAAGGUGAAAAGAAGACACCUGACAACCCGGCCAUCAGAAAGUCUCUACAAGCGAUGCUAACUCCUUACCUUGCUAGACAGCUGAGCAAGGAGUCACCACUGGAGAUGCUAAAGGUACUAAAUAGCAAUACAGAAAACCCUUAUCUAAUUUGGGACAACGCCACGCGUGCAGAGCUUGGGGAUUUCUUGGAAAAACAGCAGUCGCAAAAAAUGGGCGAGUUCGACCCGUCGUUUGGCUCUGAGUUCACCUUCACUGUUCACCAGAAGGAACUUAUCGUCGGCGAGAUCUUCGUGCGGGUCUACAACGAGCAGCCAGCCUUCCCACUUGAGAAACCAGAGGCUUUUGUGACUGAGCUGGUCAACUACCUCGGCUCUGAAGCACAGUACCUUCACUCUCUUAUGGCGCUCACUGCUAAAGACCUCGAUACCAAGGCCAACAAGGAGCGGCUUGUUCGGGCAGGAAUGGCGUUAGAAGCUCUUCGCAAUGUUAUCAAAAACAACCCUGGUACGGAGACCCAGUGCAUUGGUCAUUUCAAACUCAUCUUCUCCCUACUGCGAAUGACAGGAGCAACUAACUUACAGCAGUGCGCCCUAGAGGUAAUUUCAAGCGUUACAAGUAACAAGAGCUGUGUCGCGAACAUCGCUGAUUCGGAGAUCUUGGGCUUCCUUCUUCUGACGCUACACACUUUACCAUCAAGUCGCUUGAUCACUGUGGAUACUCUCCAUGCUCUCUCGUCCAGCACAAAGAUCAUCAAAGAGGCUAUGUAUAAAGGGGCCUUGAUCUACCUGCUAGACCUGUUUUGUAGUGGUUCUAAUCCAGCCGUCCGGGAGCGGUCCGCAGAGCUGUUUGCUAAGAUGAUGUCGGACAAACUGAUCGGGCCUCGUGUCAAGAUCAUUCUUGCAAAGUUUCUACCAGCGAUCUUCAUGGAUGCUAUGCGCGACAGUGCCGAGGCCAGUGUGCACAUGUUUGAAGCCACUCAAGAGAAUCCUGAGCUCAUCUGGAAUGACGAGUCUCGAGAAAAGGUCUGCGGCGUCGUCAAAGGGCUCAAAGACAGGCACUACAACGAGCAGAAGGAGAACCUGGAUAUGCAGUGGAAGCUUCCAGAAGACUUCAGUAUAAAGUUCACGGAUGUAGAGGGGGAGCUUGUUGUAGGGGGCGUCUAUCUUCGAUUGUUUGUCGCUCAGCCAGCCUGGGUUUUACGAAACCCCAAGGAUUUCUUGCACAGCCUGUUAGAGAAAUACCUUGAGCUGGUGAACAAAUCAAAUCCCGAGGGAGAUGUAUUGGAAACCGUCACACAAGCAGUGAUGUCUUUGUUUACCGCACAACCAGCCCUGGCUGACCAGCUUCCUGGCCUGGGUCACAUUCCUGCUAUCUUCAGGAGCAUGAACUCGCAGAAUAACGCCAUACCCAAGGCCUCGCUACAAGUCAUCCAUGUCCUUGCGGAUAGUGAGAUCUGUGUGCGCAGCAUGGCGGCUACCGCUGACUGCAUCAGUCACAUGAUCAGAGCUAUGGAAGCAAGGCCAGACGCCAUAGGCUUUGCGUGUGAGGCAUUGAACAAGAUGUUUGAGAAGAACAACACAGAGCUCGUGCAGCAGGCUCUAAAGUACGAGCUGGUACCCUACCUUCUGAGAAUACUCGAGAGGACCCCCAGGGAGGUGGAGAACCCGGCGGCUGUCAAGGCCCAGACUGUCAAGGCGCUCAAGGCAAUGUUACGCGACUUGCACUGUGGCGAGGAGGUCAACAAGAUUCUAGAAGCUUCAUCGGUGUGGGCGUCAUUCCGCGACCAGAAGCAUGACUUGUUUAUCUCGGACAAGCCCGUGGCGGGGUAUCUGACAGGAGCGGCGGGAGCAGCAGGGUACCUGACAAUGGGCACUGGGGCGAGCAGCAUGUCCAGCGUACCGCCACCCGUGGACAAAACCACUAACGGCACCGACUGAACAAUGACUGAUAGCUGCCAAUUACUAAUAAUGCCCACGUGCCUGUGGUACUGGUAAAAACGAGCGUCUGAAAGCUGUCGGCAGUGGAGUUUGAUUAGAGUGCUCUCUAAUUGAUAUUAACGACGGUGAUUUUUUCAAUUGCAUAACAAGCUCAUGACGCCUAAAGUUAGUAGUAGUGCUAGCCGUCCACUUUUAUACGAUAAGUGUUAGUAAAUGGCACAUCUUUUAACAAUAUUUUAAUUAUAGCCCUAGCUGGUUAGGCGCAGUACUGUAUGCAAAUUUUGUUUGGCAACUGUCAAUCACAUAGUACAAAUGACAAUUGCCCAUCACGCAGCGAUAAUAUACCAGAUUUCAAUGCAUUAUACUCUAAUGGUUACCGUGUCAGAAGAGUGCUGUCCGUAGUGUGAGUCGGGUAACUUGUGGUUUUGCUUGUGUACGUGUUUGUCACAUGUUCGUUCACGUAUCAGGUCGCACGAGCUUAUUGCUGGACAUUCAGAAAAAAGGGGUAGGGAAGGGACGUGAUAGUGGCUUUUAUAUUGUAACAAAAUUAAGAUCAGUAUAUUUUGUAUGAAUAUGCAGUUUGAUAGAGAAAUAAAAUUGAAGAAUCCAAGCUA